AUGACAGGUGAAGAAGAAUUUAACAUUGCUGCAAACAUAAUGAUACCAGUAGAAAAUCCUGAAAGUUCUCAAAAUAUGGACAAUAUCCAAAAUGAUGAGAAGAUGGCUCAUAUGGCACAAGAGCUUGAGAUUUUGAGAGAGGAACUAUGUCAAGUGCGAGACUUGGCCAAGCUUUCGGCUACUACCUUCCCAAGUUUCAAGAUGCCCAGCUACUUCCCUAGAGCUGACCUGCCUCCUGCAGAUUCUCCAAACAUGCCUAAACGUGCUCCUGUUCAUGGUCAAGCGCCAUUAGCUCAUCCGUCUGCAAUCAGGACUACUCCUGACCUUCCCACUCAAGACCCCGUCACACCUACCUACCCAGUGAUAAACCAGAUAUUUGGAGCACACACCGUCGUUCCUUAUGAUUCACAGAUCCUGCCUGUAUAUGCUGUUGAGGCCCCUACUUUCAUGAUACCGGCUAGGGUCAAAGUCCCAUAUGAGGUUGACCAAUAUGCAGAAAUGGAGAAGGAUGCUCGAUUGAAAGAAAAUAAGUCAAUAGACGCUCAACUUCGAGGUCUAAGAAAGGCGUUGAAAAACCUUCAAGUCACUAGGGGAACAGAGAGCCUAGAUUAUGAUGACUUAUGCAUCCACCCAGAUAUUGACAUGCCAGUAGGAUAUAAACCCCCAAAGUUUGACGUAUUUGAUGGAAAGAGCGAUCCUCACGCACAUCUGAGGGCAUACUGUGACAAGUUAGUCGGUGUAGGGAGAAAUGAAAAGCUAAGAAUGAAGUUGUUCAUUCGAAGUCUAUAUGGAGAAGCGUUGGCUUGGUAUACACGCCAGGAUCCUCGCAAAUGGUAUAACUGGCAGGAAAUGGCUGAGGAUUUCAUGAAUCGAUUCAGAUUUAAUACCGAAAUCACUGCGGACAGGUUCUCAUUAGCCAACAUACAAAAGAAACCAUCGGAGGACUUCCAGGAGUAUGCACAAUAUUGGAGAACCGAGGCUGCAAGGGUUCAACCACCGCUCGAUGAUAGUGAGCUCUCAAAAUACUUUAUUCGAGCCCAAGAAGGUAUCUACUUUGACAAGAUGAUGUCAAUGAUGGGCCAAAAGUUUGCAGAAUUGGUCAAGAUGGGAGAUUUUAUAGAGGAAGGCAUCAAAUCAGGUAAAAUUCAGUCCAUGGCUGCAUUGCAAGCUGCAAGUAAGGCCAUACAAUCAGGAUCCAUGGGUGGCAUCAAGAAGAAAAGGGAGGAUGUUUCAGUCGUCAAUUACCAACAUGGAGGACAAUCCCACCAAUACCCCAACAAUCCUCAAAUUGUUGCACAUACUCCAUACACCUCAUACCCGGAGUACUACAGCCAGUUGAGGGAAAACACCCCCGACCCAAUCCCUUACAAUUUUGAUGGAAACAAGCGAUGCGCUUACCACUCGGGAAUCCAAGGGCAUGACACAGAAGAUUGUUAUGGCUUGAAAAACCAGGUUGAGACGUUGAUCAGAAGAGGAAUAAUAAAAUGCACUCCAACACCUCCGAAUGUGAACAACAACCCUUUGCUAAAUCAUGAGAAUCGAGAAGUCAACAUGAUUUCUCUAGAAGAAGAGUACAACUUAGGAGAAACCAUCGCGCCUGUCUGGAACGCCGAAGAAGUUGCCACUGCAUCUCCAGUGCAACCUAUUAUCACUGUUCAGCUAAAGGAACCUCUUACUGUCCAAACAUAUCUCCCGAGAGUUGUAGUAACCACUACAGUUGCUAGAAAGGCUGAGUUUGACACCAAAGGAGUCCCAUGGGAUUAUAAAACAGAAGCCAAGGGCAAGAUGAUUGACGCCGCUGUGGCUCAUGGAAUGACUAGGUCGGGAAGGUGCUAUGCUCUAGAGGAUCUGAAUCGAGGAGUUCUUGGGAAGGAACUGAAUCCCAAGAAGAAUGUUACCGAUGCUGAAGUCACGGAAUUUUGGAGAAAGAUGCAGCCAAAAAACUAUUCAGUUGAAGAGCAACUGAAGAAGACAUCGGCUCAUAUAUCCAUAGUGUCUUUACUAAUGAGUUCUGAGGUACAUAGGAAUGCUUUGAUGGAGGUGUUAAAUGGGGUUUGCAUUCCAAAAGAGACCACAAGUGAAACCUUAGAUGCAACAAUUGGACGAGUGGUGGAAUCUAACAAAAUCUCUUUCCAUGAUAAUGAGCUACCAACAGAAGGGAUUGGACACAACAAAGCACUUCAUAUCGCGGUCAAAUGUCGUGAUAAGAUUGUGACCCGAGUUCUGAUUGAUGGCGGUUCUGGAUGUAAUAUCUGCCCUUUCACAACUCUAAGAGUUUUAGGUUUAAAUAUGAGAGAUAUAGAGGAAAGUCGUGUAAAGGUUAGAGCUUUUGAUGGAGCACAGAGAAGCGUCAUUAGACAAAUCCAUCUCACAUUGCAAGUGGGACCAAAAGAAUUCCCUAUCUUAUUUCAAGUGAUGGAUGUGUCAUCGAACUACAACCUGCUGCUGGGAAGACCAUGGGUCCAUAUGGCAAAAGCAGUUCCUUCAACUCUUCAUCAAUGUGUAAAGUUUGAGUGGGGUCACGCAGAAGUUACUGUUCAUGGGGAGCUCAAUCACCCUAUCUAUUCUGUAAAUUCUGUUCCAGUAACUGAGGAAUUAGAUGGAGCCACUUUUUACAAUUUAGAAAUCAUGCAAGCUGUGAGGGUUGACGAGAAGUUAGAGUUGGUUGGUAUGAAAUUAUCAGGGGCAGCGAAGAUGGUCGCAGCAGAGAUGUUGAAAUACGGGUAUCAACCUAAGACAGGACUUGGACCCAGGGCCAAUGGCAUAGUAGAACCCAUCCAGGUGAAGCAUCAGAAAGGUACCACUAGACUCAGAUAUGGAUCUACAUCGAGACGAGUCCACAACAGGGGAUCCAUCAAGACAACGUUUGUACCAGAGCAAGUUCCGAUUCUAGCUCACGCAUCUGACGAUGACAUAGUAGAAGGAAUAGGAAAUUUGUUCAUGGCCAUGAUUGGAGAAGAGGAAGAGAUAGAUCUCCGCAAAUUGAGCAUCCGUGAUUCCAAGCCUGGAGAAAGCUUGCAGAAUUGGACCAUCAGUCCAUCCCUGUUUUAA